AUGGAAUCUUGGGACAGCGACUGCCCCAACUGUGAUCCAUCCGGGUCUAUAGCGGGAUUGAUCGGAGCUCAAUUCUGCGCAGCCGAAUCAGGGCCCGCGCCAUCUUCUUUGAACCCUGGAGCCCCAGAAUUUCAACUCCCAGCUUCUUCCACGAGGAUUGUCUCUUUGCCUCGGUCGUCAGAGGGAGGCCCAAGCUCUUUGUCAAACACACAGCCUCCGGAAGAGAGACACGCAUCUGAAGAGAUACAGCCUCCAGAAGAGAGAUACGCAUCUGAGGAAAUACAGUCUCCGGGGGAGAGACAUGCAUCUGAAGAUAUAGGGUCUCCAGGGGAGGGGCACGCAUCUGAAGAGAGAUACGCAUCUCAAGAGAUACAGUCCCCCAGAAAGAGACACGCAUCUGAAGAUAUAGGGUCUCCAAAAAAGAGGCAGUCACUUUCCCCGUCCUUUUACAAGAUUUCUUCAUGUGAAAGCAGCAAAUCUCCUGAACCAACACACUCAGCCCGAGGAAGCAAGUCUCCUGGAAACAUUUCAUCACCGGUGACGGCUCCAACACCCGAUGUCGUUGCACCCCCUCCUGUGGAGGAAGAAACACAUGAGGCUGACUUAGAUCAAAACCCACCGGUCUCCCACCAGAUCCAGUCUCAUGUUUUAUUUCCCCCUUUAGUCCCUGAUCAGGAGGAGAAGCCCGAGGAGAAGCCCGAGAAGAAGCCGGGACCGACUUGGGCAAAAAUUGCUUGAGUCACCACAAAGAAAACAAACCAGUCCUCCGCGAAAUUAGACUGGCCCUCCACGAAGCCGAACCAGUCCUCCGAGAACUUGGGUUGGGAGGUAAGCUAGCAAGACCAACCAGCAAAAGAGCCAACAAGGGAG